AUGUCUGACGCUGUUCAUGUCAUUGCUGGCACCCCGACAGUAACACAGGAAGCCAUUGUUCCAUCUGACGAUGUCAUCACCCCGCGUGGGAGGACCAGUGAGGAAAAUGAUGCCAAGGAACACAAUGGUGCCCCAACCUAUAGGGACACUGUUGCCUCUCUCCCCGCCCUCACGGUUCCUCUCACCACCGACGAACGAUUGAUGCGCCUUCUUACUGUCCUUUGGGAUGCCUCUCCCUUCCGGCACAUUGCCAUGUUCAAUGUGUCUAUCGUCUUUGAUUGGCAGGGCGUCGGUUUGUCCGAAUUCAAUCAAGUCCAGACCGCCUAUAAUGCCUUCCAUCAGUUUGCUUCUGGUAUUUGGGGCGAGAUCACUUCCAAGGUUGUCCUUCUACCCUUUGCUGACGGUCGAUUCACCCGACAACAACUGUGGAUCUGGACCGGACCUUGA